AAUUCAAGGCUGCCAUCCUGGUCAUUCCAGGAUUAACAUGUCAUGAACAUUAAUGGAUCUCAAUCUCAAAUUUGUUCUGCCCGCAGUAGCUCUACAUGGCUUGAUUAGCACCUUGUGCCACUGCCAGCAGCAGUUCUGGCGCAGGUCAGCUCAUGCGGAUAUUCGCGAAGACAUUGACAGGCAAAACUAUUACUUUGAAUGUUGAGCCAACAACAAAGGUAGGCCCAGUUCCUUCCAUCCCACUCUUCACUCUCUGUGGAGGUAAAGGGAUCACAGUUGCAAAGAUUCAAGGCGAAGCAGCUUCAGUGUUGGUCAAAGCUGCGGCCGAGGAAAUGUCUCGGUUUUGGCAGAGCCCAGAUGGUCUAGCGGUCAGGGAGUAUUUAGAGAAGAAAGUGAUUAAAACUGGCGAGAUCAGCUGCUACCAAAAAGCUGACUCGGUCCACAUCGACUCCAACGCAUCCUUGGAUGAGCUGCUGAUUGAAGCCAGUCGCUUCUUCAUUUUGAAAGCAUUGAAUGGCGACACUGCAGCGCCAAGGCUGGCUGCAGAACCUCCUACCAAGCGCGUCAGGACAAAAGCUGCAAGCUGUGGAGCCCUUCUAUCGCCCAGUUGGUAUGUUGAUCAGGUAUGGCAUGCUAGCUUUGCAUGCGCCUGGUGAAUGAAAUGAUAUGCCACGAUCCAAGAUCUGACGACCAGAACCAGAACGAUAUUCGCUGACGUUCAAGAAGUACUCAAAACUAUUUGGAAAAGGGCCACCCAGUCGAUUCUGGCCUAUGCCAGCGCUCUGGGAAAGGGACCAAGAGCUGUGUAAGGAUGGAUCCGGCCUGAAGGGAAUGAUAUGUGAUGCAGAUGGAGCACCUCCUGACCAGCAAGCACUCAUCUUUGCAGGGCGGCACAUGGAAGAUGCCCGCUCCCUCCAGGAUUACAAUAUUACAGAUUUGAGCACAGUUCACUUGGUGUUGAAACUGCGCGGCUGCUAGAGCUGGAGAUUGACCGCUUCUUUGAACAAUGAUUGACUUCUGCGCUGUGGAAAAGGCAAAGGUCCUUGAAGCAGUUUUUUAAUACCGAGCAGACAGCCUGCAAGGGCGUCAUUCCCAUGACCGCGCUGCAACGAUGUCGCCACUGGCAAACGCUGUCAAAA